AAGAAACAGUACUACGAAGAAACCAUGAAUGAAUGAUUGCAUGUAAUAGGAAAAGUUGAAUGGUUUCAAAAGUUUUCAGGGGCUGUCACUCACAGAUUUUGGAUGGUAUCUUCGUAUGACAUGAGUCAUCAUUGACCUAGUUUUUGGUGAAAAUGGCUAGCAGUCAGCCAUUGAAGAAAGGAGAAUGGGUGGAGGAGAAGGUACUGGGCUCAGGUGGCUUUGGUCAAGUUGUUCUGUGGAAACAUGAGAGUAAUGCAGAGUACAUAGCCCUGAAGAAAUGUCGGAUACAGAGUGAAAUGAGCCGGAAACACAAGGACCGCUGGACCCUUGAGGUGGACAUCAUGAGGCGACUGAACCACCCGAAUGUCAUAGCAGGCAAAGAGGUUCCAUCUGAAUUAAAUGUCAGUGUGGGGGAGCUACCACUUCUAGCCAUGGAAUACUGCUCAGGGGGAGAUUUGAGGAAGGUUUUGAACAAGCCAGUAAACGGUGUAGGUCUGAAGCAGUAUGACAUCCGAUGUCUUGUCAAAGACGUGGCAUCAGCAGUGGAAUACCUGCACAGCAAAAGAAUUAUACACAGAGAUUUAAAGCCUGAGAAUAUCGUAUUACACCCCACAGAAGAAAGGAUUGUAUAUAAAGUCAUAGACUUAGGUUAUGCCAAAGAAUUGGACCAAAACAGUAUGUGCACAUCAUUUGUUGGAACUAUGCAGUAUCUUGCCCCUGAGCUAUUUGCCAGUCAGAAGUACACAUGCACUGUGGACUACUGGUCGUUGGGUACACUGGUGUUUGAGUGUAUUACGGGAUUCCGACCAUUCUUGCCUCAAGCUCCACCUGUCACAUGGCAUGAAGAGGUGCGCCAGAAAUCACCGGAUGACAUCACUGUAUAUUAUAACUCAGAUGGAGAAGUGAAAUCCUCUAAGAAAAUUGUUACCCCAACACAUCUGUGCAGGAGUAUGCAAGCAUACUUUGAACAGUGGUUGAGUCUCAUGCUGAGAUGGGAUGCUAAAUCUCGUGGAGGGGGACUCGUUGAAGGAAGACCACAGUGUUUUAAAGUCUUGAACACAGUGCUGAAUGUCAAGAUUGUCCAUAUCUUAUUUGUGCCAAAUAACCAACUCCUUUCCUAUCCACUGGUGGAAAACUUCUCUAUGCAAGCUCUACAGCAACAAAUUGAAGAUGAAACAGGGGUCAAAGUUCAGGAUCAAGACAUUCUAUUGGCUGGUGGAGCAUCACCUGACCCAAACCUUGGUGCUCAUCAGUGCUGGACAGCCCCUGCAGAGGAAGACUGGGUGGUGUUUCUGUUUAUCAAGGGAGAGAAUCAGGGAGGUGAAGGCAGUAGAAGAAAUAAACCUCUGCCUACUAAUGUACAGGGAAUUUUUAAGGAGCACACAACAGUACUUCCAUAUCAGGAGCAAAAGAGAGCAUGGGCAGAAUGUGUAUAUUUUUGUGGUCAACAGGUGUUGGAUUUCAGAAGACUGAACCAAGGUCAAAGGGCAGCUAUGUUCAGCUUACUGAGAACAAAUAACAGUUUUUCAAAACUGGAGAAGAACAUGGUCAGUAGUUAUGAACAACUAAUGUCCAAAAUUGACUACUUCAAGGAGUGUUUGCAGCAUGACUUAGAUUUGUAUGACAUUCAGAGUGGGGAACAAGGAAUUAUGGCAGAAAAAGUUGUUGCCAAAUGGAAGAAAACUGGGGAGGAGAUUGAAAUGUACAGAGACCUGAAACACAAUGUUGACAAACUACACCAGCAGUCUCUAGCAUUGCAGACCAAGAUCUUGGAAUUACAGAAAAGUCCAUUUGCCCGAACCAAACAACAUGAAGUGUUGGAAAGUCUUGAAACUUUAUCUAAGAAAUCCAGUGACUUAUACCAAGAGUUAAGACAAGCUGGCAAAGGUGGACGUGAGCAGUUCAAGGACCACAAGCCUAUGGUGCAGCUAGUGCUGAAAUGUAUCCUCAAUCGUGAUCAGAGUUUACAGGACCUCUAUACACAUCUAGGAAAAAUAUGUGCCUGUAAAUAUGAACUGUUCCAGUUAUUACCCAGCAUUCAGCAGUGCUGUAAACAGAUCACAGAUGCCACAGACAAACUGUUACAAUCACAGAAACAGAGACAGUCUGAUAUCUGGAGUCUUGUCAGAUUAGCGACUGAGAAUGGAUUGAACCACCAAGACAAGAGCAGUGGCCAUGCCAGCAUGUUGAUUUCUAUGUAUGGAGGGGCAUCUCUUGACUCCAUGAAGGCUCGUGAUGAAAAUAGAGAAACUGUACAAAUGUGUGAUGAUAUGAUAAAGAGUUUAAUGGAUGAACAUGAGGAGCACUUCUCUAUGAUGGACUGGAGUUUUCUGCCACGGAUGAAACCCAAAGAACCAUGACACAUUAAAAAAUCUGUCAGACUUACUUCUGUGGUCUUGGAGAAGAAAUAAUUGCAACCCAAUGAAAGCCCUUAUUUCAAGUCUCAAAAUCAAGAGAAGAUUUUUUAUUACCAAUAUUUUAGAAUGGAUCUCUUUAGUAGCAUUUGAUAACAAAAGAAAAGGAAAAACUUACCCAAGGAAAAAAAGAACAAGAUCUGAUAUAUUUUAGGUCAAAUGGUUCGUUUAAUUAAGAUUUUUUGUCUGUUGUGUAAAGUAUAUAUUUUCAUCACAUUUCAACUUGCAACUUCCAAGAUUUAUUCACUUGAAAGGGAAGGACAUUUAGUUUAGUGACUUGAAAGAAGAAAAGAAAUAUAGCAUGGUCAGUUUACUUAAAUCAUUCCUAGAAGAAGUGAACUGUGACAGUUCAGACUUCAGGCUUUAAUACUCAUAUUAGAUCCUCAUAUCCAUGUGAAAUGUAUAGUGCACAUAUAACUAUCAAAAAUAAUAUGCAUUGAAUCUAGGUCACAUUCCUCUAUAUGUAAGUGAAUUUAAUUCAGUAGUAGAUACAUGUAGAUAGCAAAGUAUUUAGAUGUAUUAAAGAUCAAAGAUUGUUAUUUUAUCAGUGUUUGCUAAAACAUGCAAAUGUAUUUGUCUUCCCAUUGCCAGUAGACUUCUAUGAAGAUUAUUUUUUGUAUGCUUAUGAGAAAAAGUAUGAUACUAGAACUCUAAAUGCAACAAAAAUAUUGAACAUGUAGUUUAAUUUUCCUGUUUCUCAAUAUCAGUGGAGAAACAGCCUUUGAAAAUGAGUGUAAUUAAGUUUUCCAUUGAUUGAUGGGACUCUCAGAAACUUUUCAAUUCCCUUCAUUCCUAUCUUGAAAUUGUUUAUAGAAUUUGUAUUCAUUUGUUUACUGGCAUUGCUUAUUCACUUGUUUUAGAAGAUUUUUGUGAAGUCUUUUUUUUUUUUUUUUUAAAUUUUAUUACAUACAUAUAUUAUUAGAAAUAAUAUGAACUCAACAAAAAGAAUGACUUCGUACUGCUUGCAACUCUGUAACAUUAAUUAGCAAGUUUCCAUAAAGAUGGAAAAAAUCAUUAAUUUUGUCAUCGUGUGACUAAGGGAACCACUACUAGGGAAAAAGGAAUUUCAAACUGUAAAUAGUGAAAGAAAAUGGUUACUUAUAUUAAAGUUAAAAUGGCAAAAUUUUCAAAAGCUGUGAAAGUAAAAAGAGUACAAGUAAAUGCUACAAGAAGUAUUAUUACAUAUAUUUAAAUCAUUUGCAACAUAUUGCAUGAUGUUUUAGAGUAUUUUAUGAUGCAAGGCAGCUUAGGUUUUUUUUUUCUCUGUGUUCUUUCUAUGCUUCAGUGACUGAUUAAUGGGGAAAUCUCUGGGUACUCAUUUUUAUUUAUUAAGAAUUUUGUCAAUAUUAUUAUGAGAAAAAGCUGUGAAAAUGGCAUUGUACAUACAUGUAGCAGUUAAAAAUUUGAAUUUCCAAUUUUCUAUUACUUUAAAUUUAUAUACAAUAUGCUCUUUAUAGUAAUAUAUGGAUGUAAUAAUUUGUAUAUACAAGUAUACAGCUUAUAAUGAAGCAAGUAGAUUUAAGUGCCCUGGUAAAUGAGCACAAUAGCAUGAAUGAAUCAAGUUUUUGUCAUCCAUCUCGAGUGAUCUGAUUUGAACUCUCCUCCAAAUGUUUGUCAUUACAAAGAAGAUUUUGCAGUAUUAAUUUGAAUAGUGUUAUGAUAGGUGAAUUCUCCUUCUCUUAGGGUCAAAAAGGAAGAAAUUUUUUUUUUAGAUGAACUUGUUCAGUGUUUAUUAUUGAAGAGUGAGAAAUGUAUUACUGUUAAUGUGGAUGUUUAUGAGUGUUGAAUACACAUAUAAGUAGUAUAAACCAUGGUGGGCUUAUUCUGUGAUAACAGGAUAAUGUAUUGUUAAUACUGAAUAAAUUAUGUCGGAAGGCAUUUAUAUGCAGUGGAAUAUUUAUGCAAAAGGUUUAUUAUUUGGAUCAAUUUACCCCAAUGAGUAAAAUUUUCACAUAUACAGUAAAAAGUCUUAGAGAGAAGCCAAUUUUAUUUGUUUUUGAUGUGCAUAUUUUUUCAAUACUUCAAUCGUAGUUGGACAAACUUUGUUGGAAUCUGAUUUGCUUUUUAGCUCUUCUGAGCCAAAGCUUGGGUAAGCUUUUCUGAACAAAAUUUGUCUAUUGUUGUGUAUGGUUGUCGUCAUUAUUAACUUUUCACAUUUUCAACUUCUUCUCUAUAACCACUUGGCCAAUUUCAACAAAACUUGGCACAAUGCCUUCUUUGGUGAAGGGAAUUCAAGUUCUAUUGAAGGGCCAUGCCCUCUUUCAAGGGGAGAUAAUUGAAAAAAUGUGUAAAUUUGAUGACUUCAUUUCAAAAUCUUAUUCCUAAGAAACAAGAGGCCAGAAAAGUCAAAACUUAAAAUUUUUUUAUAUAGUGCAGAUUCAAAUUUUAAUAUAAAUCAUUUCCAGGGCUAAACUAAAUCAAAUUAAAAUGCAAACAUUCCCAAGUUGUGUGAAUUCAAUUUUUUUUCUUCUUGUUAAUUGUUAACCCUGCAGGGGCUAGGAUGGGGCUGAAAUCAAUGAUCAAAUUCAUAAAAUGCACGAACAAAGGGAACAAAAACCUUUCAAAAAAAUUGAAGCAUCACAUGUUGUGUGGAUUCAAGUUAGGUUAUGACCCCUUGGGGUGGGGCAAGAAUACAUGGUAAAAAGAUUUUCAUAUGAAUGAAGAAGGGGAAAAAGAGUGAAGAAAAACAGCAAGACCAUGUUUACUCAAGUGAGCAGUGUGACCUCUAAAGUUAUUAGCACCACUAAAGCAACUUUUCAUUGCUGAAAUAUACAGCAUUACUUUUGUACAGAUGUGUGUUUUCUAGUCUAUAUUUUUAAUUAUUAGUUACUUUGCAAUAGGCAUUUUCUAGAGUCUUAAUUACAUGGCAGAUGUGUACAUGUAUAUAUAUUACUUAUGUAAAUAUUUAUUAUUGCAACAUUGUUAUUGAAUUAUAGUUAAGGUUAUGCUAUUUAUGAAAUAAAUGAAAGUAAUUUCAAAUUUACAAUAAAUUCUCAAAGAUUUA